GCACCCAUUGUGCACAGUUGCACUGACUCAGUUGUUUGGAUUUGUGCGCUGGAAAAACAUUGCCGUAACAAAAACAAAACCCUCACCCGUGUUUUGCUUGUGCAGAAGAAAAUCUUAAAGGGCACCAAUUCACGCCCGCGUUUCGUUGCGUUGUCCUCCCCCGCUCACCAUGGCCGAAAAUCAGGACACAAUCAAAGAGAAGAAAGACAGUGGCCCCGUCGACGGUGGGCCGCAGCUGGAUCUGACCAAAUCGUCCAAACAGAUUUACUUCGAGCUGCUGCGAACAUGGGUGUACCACGCGGAAAUGCAGAACCAUCUGCACGCCCACUUCCCCUACUACCUGAUGAACAACUAUCCGCAGCUGUUUCAGCUAAACAACGGGCAGGCGGCUGGACCCGGCAUGAUGGGACAGUUCAUGAGUGGUGCGGGCACAGCAGCGGCGAACGGCGGGGGAACGUCGGCGCCCGGAAGCGGUACCGGACAGGGGACGAAUGGUGCCGGGAACCGGGGGCGUACGGAAACGACGGAUCCCACCCGACCGGAUGAUGCAAUCAACCGUCACGGUGGAUACGAGUACGUAAUUGCCCCGCUGUGGAAGCGCUUUGCCGCCGAAGCCAUCGAUAUUGCGAUAAUCUUUCUCCUCAAGAUAAUGACCACGCUCGCGUUUAUAGAUGCGUUCGAAAUCGAUCUCCUGUACAUGGACCUGGACGCGAUUCGCAACUCGUUCGAGGAGGACUACACCGAGCUGCUGUCGUUCACCUCGGAGCUGAUCUUUCUCGAGAUCGGCAUCAAGAUCGCGGUGUGCAUCUACGAGGCCGUCUGGACGGCCCACGUCCAGGUCAUACCGGGCAGCGCGACGCCCGGCAAGAUGCUGAUGGGGCUGCGGAUCGUGUACGCGGAAUCGGUGGCCGUGCUCGAGCCGCAGCCGCAGCCCGGGCUGCUUAGCAAUCAGGUGCCGCUGCGGGCGCUGCUCUACCCGGGCACGACGCCCAGCUUCGGCCGUGCGUUUGCCCGGGCCGUGGUGAAGAACGUCGUGAUAGCGUUCUUCUUCCCGAUGUGUCUGCUGCUGCUGUGCUUCCGGCAGAACCGCUCGAUCUACGACGUGAUGACCAAAACGGUCGUGGUGGAGGACAAUCCCAAUCCGGUGCUGAGACGCCGCUAGGCAGCAGCAACAGGCUGUGGAAGGGACCACCUUCCCACCCGGUACCAAAUGAGUUCAACUGUUUUCUUUUUUUUUUGGAGCGAAGUGCAGGGUGAUUGUGGCCCUAUUUGAGGGCUGUUUUGAGUUAACCAAAUACCGGAAAGGGGGGAAAAAGAAACGGUGACGUGUUACGCCGGCCACUAUUACGUGUAAUAAAUGCUGCGCACCAUCCCCCGCUUAGCAAAGGGGAAAUCAGCUCUAGUUUAAA